AUGGGUAGAGUUAUUAGAAACCAAAGAAAGGGUGCUGGUUCCAUCUUCACCUCCCACACCAGAUUGAGAAAUGGUGCUGCCAAGUUGAGAACCUUGGAUUAUGCUGAAAGACACGGUUACAUUCGUGGUAUUGUCAAGCAAAUUGUCCACGAUGCCGGUAGAGGUGCUCCAUUGGCCAAGGUUGUCUUCCGUGACCCAUACAAGUACAAGUUGAGAGAAGAAACCUUCAUUGCUAACGAAGGUAUCUACACUGGUCAAUUCAUCUACGCUGGUAAGAAUGCUUCUUUGAACAUCGGUAACGUUUUGCCAUUGUCUUCUGUCCCAGAAGGUACUAUUCUCAGUAACGUUGAAGAAAAGCCAGGUGACAGAGGUGCUUUGGGUAGAACUUCUGGUAACUACGUCACUGUCAUUGGUCACAACUUGGAAGAAGGUAAGACCAGAGUCAAGUUGCCAUCUGGUGCCAAGAAGAUCUUGCCAUCUGACGCCAGAGGUGUCAUUGGUGUUAUCGCCGGUGGUGGUAGAAUUGACAAGCCAUUGUUGAAGGCUGGUAGAGCAUUCCACAAAUACAGACUUAAGAGAAACUCAUGGCCAAAGACUAGAGGUGUUGCCAUGAACCCUGUUGAUCACCCUCAUGGUGGUGGUAACCAUCAACAUAUUGGUAAGGCUUCUACCAUCUCUAGAGGUGCUGUUUCUGGUCAAAAGGCCGGUCUUAUCGCUGCCAGAAGAACUGGUUUGUUGCGUGGUGCUCAAAAAGUUCAAGACUAA